AUGACGUUUCCGUGCGGUUCAACGAAUAGGACCGUUGUUAUUGAUGGUCGCGGCCAUUUGCUUGUCCGUCUGGCUUCCGUCGUCGCCAAGUACCUGUUGCAGGGCGGCAAGGUGGCCGUCGUGCGCUGCGAGGAGCUGAACCUCUCCGGCCACUUCUACAGAAACAAAAUCAAGUUCUUGGCCUACUUGCGCAAGCGUUGCAACGUCAACCCAGCCCGUGGUCCCUUCCACGUCCGUGCCACGUCCAGGAUCUUCUACAAGGCGGUCAGAGGUAUGAUCCCACACAAGACUGACCGCAAGUACUGCCAGGUCGGCCGCCUGUCGCACGAGGUUGGCUGGCACUACCAGGAUGUGAUCAAGAGCCUGGAGCGUAAUCGCAAGUUGUGUGUCACCCUUAAGCACAACCGCGAGCUGAAGAAGCUGACUCUUCAGGCACAAGAAAACAUUGCCAAGGCGGCUGAGCCCUUCAACAAAAUCAUUCAAGAAAUGCGCUGGAGUUAA